AUGGCAGUGCUUUGCACAACCCGCCCUCAUUAUGUGCGCUGCAUUAAGCCGAACGACAUAAAAGAGAGGUUUUACUUCGAGCCGAAACGGGCUAUUCAGCAGUUGCGAGCUUGUGGAGUUUUAGAGACUGUGCGUAUUUCCGCCGCGGGUUUUCCCACCAGAUGGACAUACGAAGAAUUUGCACGUCGCUAUCGCGUCCUCUAUCCCGAGGGAAAAGCGAUAUGGCGAGAUAAGCCGAGGAUGUUCGCUGAGAAAGCAUGUCACAAAUGUCUUGAGGAAGGAAAAUUUGCCCUCGGGAAGACUAAGAUCUUUUUCCGUACCGGUCAAGUGGCACUGCUGGAGCGUAUUCGAGUGGAAACCCUCAGCGUAUCGGCAACUAUCAUUCAGUCGUGGUGGCGUCGAUUUGUUGCCAGACGAAAGUAUCUUGUUUUACGGAAAAGCUUGCUCACGAUCCAGGCUGCCACAAGAGCGUUUCUUGCUGUCAGACGUCUGUUUUACCUGCAAAUGUAUCGAGCCGCUAUUGUUAUUCAAACUUCCUACCGGCGACACGUCUGCGAGAGCCGUUACCGUAAACUGCGUUGUGCCGUUGUCGCCAUUCAGUCUCAUUUUCGUGCCUCCAAAGUCCGUGCGUAUGUGCAGAAGUUACGCUUCGAGAGUUCGGCAGUCAUUAUACAGAAGUAUUGGCGUGGUUACCUAGCCCGACGCGAAGGUAUCGAGUUCCGACGUAAGGUUGUGCUGGUUCAAUGUUGCGUACGGCGAUGGUUGGCGAAAAGACGUCUUCGAGAACUCAAGAUCGAGUCGCGAUCAGUCGUCCAUCUGCAGAAGCUGAACACUGGCCUUGAGAACAAAAUUAUUGAUUUGCAGAUGAAACUUGCAUUGAUGACGUCUGAGCGCAAUCGGCUUGCGUCAUCUGAAGAAAGAUUGCGUUCAGAAAUAGCAGCACUUGAGGUAGAAAGAUCUGAAUGGAGGCUCUCUGCAACUCAAAAGGAAGAGGAAUUAGCCUUAGAAGUGGAACGGCUCGAGACCGAAUGUGAUGUCAAAGAGGCGCAAAAGGGAGAGCUGGAAACUAAGAUACAUGAGUUGACAUCUCGGCUAGAUCAGAACAAAGUUGAGACGGCGUUGAAGAUCUCAGAAUUAAUGGAUGAAUUGAAAACGACAUCCAUAAACGCAACUACUGCCGAGGAUGAUCUUAAGAAAACGCGAACUGCUCUAGCAGCAGAAAGCGAACGUCGUGCUGGAAUGGAACAUGAAUUGAGUAUGAUGCGCGAUCAGUUGCUCCAAAACGCGAAUCUUCUCGCUUCUUCCCAUCUCAGUAGGAGUGGCAGUAUGAGGAGCGAUAAAGAACGACAGCCUUUCUCUCUAAUGGGACCGGACGGAAAUUCUGUUUCUCUGGGUGGCGGCUCUAGCGAUAUGGAUGAAAUCGCCCUCAUACUUGGUCAACAGCAAAUGAUAAAUGGUCUACGCAUGAGAGCUGAGCAACACCAGAGAGAAAACGAACGUUUGCGAAAUUUAAUUGAAGCUAGUUCGCUGGUGGACGCAAUUGAAAAGAGAUCUUCCUUGCGUUCUUUUGAAUCUCACAAACUUCAGGAGACUGAAACAGCAUAUUCGCGACUGAAACUCGAGCUUGAACGCUUGGUUGAGGAAAAGGCUGAUGGUGGGCUAGAGAACAUGAACGUUAAGCUUCUACUCGAUCGCAUUAUGGAAGACAAUGACAGACUUCGUGAAGAAUCAGCGGAAUUGCGAGCUAUGCUUUCGACACGAUUUGAGAGACAAUCGGCGGUAGCAGGCGGUUCCCCUCGACCGGACUCCGGCCAUUGGUCGGCUGGACAUUCGGAUGAUGGCAGUUCGGAUCUCGACGAAGAUUUAUGCAAGGAGAGGCAAUGUCGUCAGUUGAAAGCCCUCGCAGAGAAUUUGAAUCGUGUGGUUAUCGAUCGGAACCGAGAAAUCGAAAAGCUGGAGAAGCGACUCUUGGAAACAACUCCUACAUUCGUAAGUCCUUCUUCGAAUUAUUCCAUGCUCACUGCAGACCGUAGUUGGUGGAGCUCACCACUCACACCAACCCCUUCCAAAUGUGGUUCACGUUCACUUGCCGACCGUCUCGAAGACAUCUGCAAGGCUGCACUUUACACGGCACCUUCUGCGAUCGCCGUAUAUCUUGCUUACAAGAAGGGAUAG